GAGGGAACAGUCGUGCGCCGGCUGCGGCAGUGCGGGGUCGCCACGUGAGAGCGACGCGGAUAGUGCGCUGCGAUGGCGCGAUGAAGACGUGCGGCCGCGCGGCGUUUUGCUGGGCCCUGCUGUGCCUCGCUGGCAGCCUGGCGGCGCCGCGCCGCCCUUACUGCGAGAGGGCGGACGUAGCGUGGCGCGCCUACCGGGCCCCAGCAGCCUUCGAGGCCCGCGUCCAGUCGCUCGCCAAAGACGCCGCCACGGUCCAAGUGCGCCGCGUCCUACGCCGCCAGGGUCGCUGGCCCAGGGAAGAUGCCAUCAUCCGGCUCAAACUGCCACAGGAUUCACUCGAGUGCUCCGGACGUUUCGAAGUGCCUUUACAGAAUCGAAAGAACUAUAUAAUUUUCGCGGAGAGAAGGGGCCACGCCGCCGUGGCCCUGGGUCCGCCGUUAAGACGGACUGGCAAGUUGAUGAGGAGGAUCCGAGCGGUCUACAAGCCUGGUUACAGUAGUCCCGCACGGAUAGAACCGAUGCAGUCGGUGCGAGCCACCCGGGGCAGCCGGGUGAAGCUGGAGUGCCAAGCGAGCGCCCGGCCCCCGCCACGGAUAUCGUGGUACAAGGACGGCCGGCCCGUCGCUGAUAUUGCUUUAAGAAGAUUCCGGGUGCAGAGUUUCAGAAGGCGCUCGGUGUUAGUGAUAAGGCAUGCGCGUCGCGAAGAUUCAGCGACGUACGAGUGUAGGGCGCAGGGCGCUGUGGGGCCUCCUGCUAUAGCAUCCGCCAACGUCAGUGUGCUGCCACCCGCCCCAAACGCACCAGACACAUCGAUGCUUGGUGCACCAUGUCCGAUGCCAGACCCUUCUUCCUAUUGCCUCAAUGGAGGAACUUGUUUAUUCUUUGAGCUAGUUCAAGAACAAGCUUGCAAAUGCCCAGAAGGCUUCAAUGGACAACGCUGUGAGAACAAGGACGUGUCGAACAGGAGCAGUAUGUAUCAUUCCUACACAUGCAAACUGGGCCUCUCCACGUCUUACUACUGUUAGCGAGACCGCUACAACCCCCUGCCCACCUUUGUAUUUAUUGUUCAACAAAUAUCCGAUCGCAAAUAAUAGUUUCCUGUUAUUAAAAGUUUAUAAGUUUACAUUAUGUGUAUCCGAUUACGGAACCGUUUAUCGCCAAAAUAUGACACUUCAAUCAUUGCCAUAGCCAAAAAUAUAUUAUUAUAUAUCAUUUAAGACUGGAAUAGACUAAAACCAUUUGUUAUUCACGAAGAUCGCGAUAUUUUUAGGAUACUUUUUUCGAUUCCUAAUAAUCAGGGUCAGCUUGAAUGGCCUUUAACAGAAACUCUGUUUCUCGUAAUUGACACGAGACAACAUGAUGGUUCUUUAUAAUCUGUAGCAAAAACUAUUAGCAAAGCUUUAAGUUAUUUUGUAGUAAAAUAGCUGGCCCAGUGAGAUUAUAUUUAUAAGGAUGAUUGCAGAAUUUUGUUGAUAGUCCAUGUUGGGAAUUUUACAGCGUUGUUGCAGUCCAUGGGCGCAUUUUGAAAACUCUCCCAUGUAGCUAGGUAAAUUUAAAUAUGGCUUAUAAGAAAAUUAUCGUCCGAUUUUCGAAGUUGUAAAUAUUUUACUGUAUUUUGCGAAAUAUUGUAUUGUUAUUAACGCGUAAGGUUUGACAUUAUCUUAGUAUAUUUUUCUGAUGAAGAGACUUUGAGUUGUGUACAUAUCUAUUAGGGUAAGGCUUUUAGGAUCAUUUCCCGACGAUGCAAAACUGAGACAAGUUUUUUUAUUAUAAAAUCCGUUGACAAUAAUUAUUAUUACAACAAUUUCAGAAUUCAAACAAGCACUUAUUUUUUGUAAAGGCUGUCGUUCAAACUCCUAGUCAGAAUGCAGUUCAUAGUAAUAGACUAGAUAAAUUAUAUUUAUAGGUAGAGUAAAGAAGUGAAUGACUAAUGUCGAUGACAGAUCCUAUAUCAAUUUUCCUACUCGCAGUGACUGAAUGAAUUGAAAUCUAUGUGGUGUUUGCGGCGAACGUGUUUUAAUUAAUUUCAUUUUGUAUAAAGUUUUUAAGUCCAUUAUUUAUAUUUAAUGAACUAGAUUUGUCUAUUUAUUAUAACAUUGUCAAGAAAGGGCUUAUGGUGAAGUGACGUCAUACGCUUUUCUACUUUUAUAACAAAAUAACCCAUAUACUUGAACUCAUCAGAUGGCGUCACUACUUUUCUUUAGUCUCACAACAAAUACUAAGCAACACAUCUAGUUAGUUAUGUAACAAAGAUACCAAACUUCAAUAAAAGAAUGAGUGUUGGAAUUAAUGAGGCGAUAA